UCGAAUGACCUAGUAUAUAUAUAUAUUCUGUAUGUACAUCCAAGUCGGAGGAAGCAAUCUGUGUGAGCCCCCUGUAUCUAUCCGUGGUACAUCGGGUGGGUGGUUGAUUGUGUGACUCGAUAUACGCUCAUAUGUCCUGCUCCUACUGCACGUCAUUCCUGCCAUCCUUGCCGUCCUUGUCAUCUCAUCGUCGUCAUCCUCAGCGCUGGAUGCAGGAAGUGGUUAACCUCAGCGGUGGAUGCCAGAAGACGGUGACGAGGCUGUUUUGUGUGGCAAGGCAGCGCCGUCAUGACCAAGCGGGGGGUUGGGAAGAGUGGCGGGCCUGGAAUAGUGAGCAAGCAACGUCCUCCCGAUGUGCGUGAGGGAUCAGAUGCCCCAGGGGCCUUGACUCCUGGGAAGAGGGUGUUUCCGUCUUUGGUUACUCUACCAGGAGGGGACGGUGGGCCCCAGAACAAUAGCUCAGAGGCUAGUGGCAGUGCCAGUGGCUCGCGCGUGAAAAAACUGGCUGUCGAGGCGAAGCGGCGAGGCAGGGCAAAUGCUGUAUCCAAGAAGGUCGCUUCUUCUUCCGGGGGGAGCAAGAAAGUGGUGGGUGAUGGUGAUGAUGAGGAUGGCGCACUGGAUGCUGAGGCAAUGUCACUUGAGCUUGGAGACGAAGGAUGUGUCAUUUCGUCGUCUAGCUUGACUGUUGAGGAAGUCAUCCUAAGACGAGCGAAGCGGUUUCGCAAGCUGUCGGAACUGUACAAGGCGCAGUAUUGGGCAUUGAUGGAAGAGCUGCGGUCGAAGCGUCGAAGGUAUUAUCUGCUGACAGGGAAAAGUGGGUGGAAGACGGACGUCACUGUGACGACCACAGGGCAGGAUGGUGAAGGGGAGAAGCAGGGUGGGAAUGAGGGAGGAACAGGGGAAGAGCACUGCAGUGCUGUGGUUGUGCAGUCUGAGUCUGGGACUGGAGCGGUAUCCAAGGUGGAGUACGGGAGCAGUGGCCAAGCUGGCAAUGCAGUGUGUAUGGCACCGGGGUGCCUCUCCAGAGUCCUGGCUCUCAGCUGCUACUGCCUGAGCCAUAUCGUACUGGAUCCGGGUCAGAAGCUGUACAAGCCUUGUGGUUUCGUGCUGAAAAGUGCUGGGUCAGGAUCAUCUGUGUGUGGGACACCGGUGCUGUGUGCAGUGGUCCCCCCUUUGUGUAGAGUGCAUGCAACACAGGCAAAUAAGUCGUCCACUGGCAGGCAGAAGAAGGCAGCAGCAGGAGCAGCAGCAACAGCAGGUGUACGGCCGCCCCUGCCGGUGACAGCGGUGUCAGCGCCGAGUGCUGCUUUGCCGGCGCUUACCCUUGCAGCUCAUACUUCAGCAGCAGCUCCUCUCUCGGAAUCGACGAGACCAGCACUUGCACAUCCUCGUCUAUCUAUGGUGGCAACGAAAAGCACACCAUCAUCAUUACCUCCUCCUCCACCGCCGCCGCCUCGACUGUCACCCUCAAAAGAUGUGCCGACUUUGGGGUCGAAUGGUGGGAGCAAGUCCGCUUGCCUUUCUCCGUCGGUUGUAAAGCCAAUGCCUCGGCUGCAUCUGGUUAUCAACGAGUACAUGCGUAUCAUCCAGCACAAGCGUCGUUUGUUGUUGCCAACAACGGCGAGCCGACGAGUGAAGACAGAGGUAAUUAAUGUGAUCACUGACGUAGCAGGUGCACCUGGUGGUGGAGGACUGAAAAGCUCGACCACGAAGGCUGCCAUCGAAACUGGCAGGAAGCCUGCCUCUGCUGCGCCCCGUGCAAAGAGAGCUGACGACGUGGCAGGUUGCAGUGAAAAGAUGGAAGAAUCCCAGCCCUUAUCAGCGUUAAAUAAAGUCAAUGUCUCAACGAAGGCCCCUGUCAAUCAGGUCACCACGGCAGCAUCUCCCUCUCUGCAAUGCCCGAUGUCUGCACCUGGUUAUAGCACUCACGGAAAUGCCAAUGUUGCAGAUGGGCAACACCAGGGAGAGAUUGCCAUUCCUGCCGCGAUUCCAGUGCUUCCGACUGAGCAGCGCGGUUCCAUUUGCCGAUUUGCUGAACCAGGCAGUGCUUCCAUUGGACCUGGUUUAACUGUACAUGAGGCACAACUUGAGGGUCGGCAGCGAACCGGAGACAAACGGUCCAGGCCGUCUAGCGGUAGUGAAGUGGAUUUACUGCCAGGGUCGGCUUCAGCCCAUUCCCCUGUGAGACAAGGGUAUCAGUGUCGAGAAAAGAAGCUGCGGCCAAACCAGCCAGGACAGGCGGAGGGAGAGCAAGGUCUGAAUGCUGCUAUACAUUUUGAGGAGGACAACAUAGUAUGUGGUGAUAUGGCACCGAAGACAGUGGGGCAGGGAGGGGAGGAACAGUUGAAACACUUGCAUGAUAACAAGGAUAGGCCUCAGGCUGGGGGAAUGGAUGGGGCCCCGAAGGGCAUAGAGGGAGAGAAAGUAACGAUGGGGGUUAAUGCAACAACUGUUUCAGGAGGGGGGAAAGAUGGAACGGGCUGUCUUUCAGGUAGGGAAACAGAUAGGAGUGCACCGGUAAGAUUAAGAAGUGGUGGAUAUGAAAAGGAGGGGACACAUCGUGAGGGAAGUGGUCUUCACGGCAUGCGAGCCGAAGAUGUGAAUCUUAAGAAAGCAGAAGAUGUGGAUGAGCGGAGAGUUGCAGCAGCUGUUGGUCACAUAAUCGAAGAAGCAGAAGUGGAUGUUAAGCAAGCAGGACCAGGUUCGGAUUGCGCAGACAGGAGGCCACCUAAAAUGGAAGCAGGAGGACAUCAUGAUGGAGGAAUUCUUGUUGCAGUUGCCAGCGGCGGAGCUGCAAAAAGCCAGGAUGGGGAGGAGGCUAAGACAGGCGUCUAAAUCAUCAUUCCCUGGUGUGGGUCGUGUUUGAGGGAGCCUGCAGGGCAGCACAAACCAGCAUGGCCACGAAAAAAAAUCCAACAGGCCAUAGUGCGGUCCAUGCAGUUUGGUCGCGCCUGAUGUCUACCAAAGAAAACAUCCCUAAGGUACAGACGCUUUCAGGUGCAACACUGAAGGAAAGGGUUCGGAGGAUCAGACACUAUCAAUGUCAAUUGGAUCAACAAGCAAAGAGGGCAAGUUUAAAUGAAUAUAUGUAUAUAUCGUCAAACAGAAGUGCCCGGUAAAGCGUAGGCAGAGAGGAAGGGAGAAGAGGACAACAAACGAGGGGCUGUGAC